AACGGUUUCCGAUCAGUUGUAUUUUCACGAAGUAGUAAGUGGGUUGCGAGAUUUAGCUGACGGGCCAUCUGCCUCUUUGCAUUUUAUUAAAGAUGGCUGACGAUCAGAGGGAAGAAAGUUUACAAGGGAAAACCGCAGAGAAAGUUGAAGCUUCGCCAAAGUUGUUGUUGAACGGACAAGAAGUCAGUUCCACCGCUUGUUCUGAUCAUGACGUAGCGGGUUCGUCGCAUUCAGAAGAUGAAGUCGAUCGUAAAUAUCGGCGCUCUCCCGUCGAUUCUCACUCCGACAACGAUGGUAAAGAUGGAACUGAACCUUUCCAACCUCCUAGCGAUGAACUGGCGGAGAAAAUUGUGUCCCAAGUCGAGUUUUACUUGGGCGACGAUAAUCUUGCUAAAGAUGCCUUUUUGCUCAAGCAUGUCCGUCGUAACAAAGAAGGUUACGUAAACUUGAAGCUUAUAACGUCGUUCAAGAAAGUAAAAACGCUGACAAAAGAUUAUAGAGUGGUCGCCGAAGCCCUGGAUAAAUCAAAGGAGCUUUCCCUGAAUUCAGAGAAGACAAAGGUGAGAAGAAAUGUACCCCUUCCUUCAGAACUUCUCGAACGUAAUCCAGGGAGAACUGUUGUUGUCACUCGAUUAGAGAACGCGACGAUGGAAGGUGUAAGCGAGAUUUUCUCUAAAUGCGGGGAGAUUGAAUUAAUCCGCAUCAUUCGGCCAGGAAAACCAAUCCCUGCUGAUUUAAAGUCUUACUUUGCCAAACAUCCGGAACUCGAGAAGGAAACAACUGCGGUUGUAGCCUUCGAAACGAUGGCCGCAGCUGCCCGUGCGUGUAGUGAAUUGUCGAAGGAAGGCGGCAUGAAAGUGGUAGAACUUGGCAAACAUGGCGCCAAGAAGGAGAAAUCAAAGUCCAAGACGAAAUCCAAAGAAAGGGGAAGCGACGGCGGGCGAGACUCAGACGAGGAACACGACGAUUCUAAAAAGAAACGCCGAAACAGAAAGAAAGAUAAACGUGUGCAAGAGCUAAUGGGCAAGAACUCAGAUGAUAGCUUGUCAAGUUCCUGUUCUUCAGAUACAGAUAACUCCUACUCAUCAUUUAGUACCUGUCGACGCAGGUAUAACAGUGGUGGAAGUCCAACACCAGAGAGGGCCGGAUCACCCACUACCAGCCCACGAACCCUAGGCAUAGGUGCCCGCCGAUCACCACAGAGUAGUCCAGAACUUCCCAGGAAGCUUUCCAACAUUUCUGUCAAGGAAGGAAGUAACAGUGCUCCUAACAGCACUCCUAACAGCCCAUGGUCGCAGCGCCGCAAGUUUGGAUCACCAAACAGCAGCCAUUCUCAAAAAUCCAGCCCACUGGUUGACUCUACCAGUCCACGACAUAGGAUGAUUCAGUUGGAGGGAGUUCAAAGACUCCCUAAAGGUCCUGAUGGUACCAGAGGCUUCCAUGCAGGCUUUGGACGUGGCAGGCCCAUAAUAGCAGUUGCUUAGUGUAUUUACCCAGAGGAUGUAAUUUAUUGAGGCUACGGACAAUUUUAUGAAAUUAAGAAUGCAUAUGGUUGUUUGGGUAACACAUUUAGGCUAACCUAUUUUAUUUGUAUAGGGCAAGUGUGGUUUUUCCAGGGAAUUAGAACAAAUUGUAUAUAGCACAGAGAAAACAUCUUUGAAGCUCAGUAUGUCUAAGCUCAAUACAAAAUUUGAGGUUAAAAAUAUAAGUUUCUUCUCAUAUGGUAUUAGUUGGAAAGCUAGGGAAGUAGAUUUCAGUAGUUUGUCUGAAAUAUGAUCAUCAAUUUAUAGGAAAAUUGUGACAAGAUUUCUUAGAUCACCAAUUGGUUUGUCAUCCAUAGGACCUUUUUUGUUAGAAGUAGAAAUUGUAGAUGUGCAAAAUCACCAAAAAUUAUGCUGUACAUAUUGCUUGAAGUUUUUCUUCUUGAAUUGAGUGAUUAUUAUUCCAUGUCCUUUGUCUAAUGCUCUUUUUGAGUACUUUGAACUGAAGAAUAGCACUAUUACUAUUGUAAAUAGUCUUUAUGUCACUAUUUAUGGUUGACUAAGGAUUGAUUGCUAAUUUGGAACUGCAAAAGCUGUGGACUAAGCAUUAAUGAUGUAAUACAUCUCAACUUUAAGGUAGAGCUGUUUGCAUCCUCUAGCAAUCAACAUUUGGUCAACUUUUGAGAAAUACAAAGAUCAUUUCUUUUUCUGGGUUUUCUGGUAUGGGUGUAAGUUAAGAAUAAUCUAUUCAGAUUUGAAUUUGGGGAGUGCUGUAAAUAGGACCAAAGAAAAAAGAAUGUGGCAGAUUUACAGGAGAUUUUUUUAACAUUUAAUUUCUUUAUUUUACUAUGUUUCUAGUUCCUUUUUUUAUCUUUUUUUGCGAGGAGUCUCUGUAAAGGAGGAAAACUAUGUUGUAUUAUAAUUUAUCCAAAUUGACCUCUAUUUGUGACAAAUAAAUACAUAACUAUAUAAUAGACAGGAAUUGUCUUUGGUUUUUGUAAUUUCAUUGUUUUUUAACAACUAACUUAUUCUGCUGGCAAAACUUUGUAAAUUUUUAUCAAAGGAAUAUUAUUUCAUUGGAUAUUUCUUGCAUUCAGUAUAAGAUAAAUUCAUGGGCAUAGUAACUUACCUAAGGCAUAUAACUUGAAAAAUUAGCAGAAUGGUAGAAAUCCACCAGUAACUUCUGUAGAAAUUCAUAAGACUGGUUGGUUGUAGGUUUGGACUAUCAUUUGACCCUGAGACUCCUUUAAAAAAGGGGCCAUUUUAAGCUGUGAAUGUUUUUUUUCCAGAGUUAUAUUUGAGCCUUCUUGACAUUUCACAAAUUUGAUGUUUAUUUAUUGUGCAUAACUUCAUUGAAAAAGGCCUUUAAAGAUGGUUUUGCCAAGCAAUGACUUGACUUUGUUUCUUAAAAUAAUUGGAGAGUUGGUAGUAAACACACAAACCAGAUUAAGUGCCAAAUGAGUUUAGAACAUCCAAACUCUGAAUUUAGUAUUCAUUUUUGUAUGUAAGCUAGUGUCUAUGAGUGACUUUAUAUGCAUUAGAUAUCCAUUUUUCAAUUACCAGUAUUCAUUUAGUGGUGUGAAACACUUGGGAC